CUUUUUCUCAAGCUUAUACUCUCUCUCUCUCUCUCUCUCUCUCUCUCUCUCUCUUAUAAAUAUAUAGGUAGUCACAUUCUUAUGCAAUCAUACUUGUGAUCAUUAAUUUGUAAGACUUCUCUGACAAAUUAAUAAGGAAAGAAACCCUUCUUAUAAUACCAUCUCAGUUGUCCCUCUAGAUCUCAAUGUCUGGCAGAAGAUCUCGAUCACGGCAAACUGGAGUUUCCAGGAUCAGCGACGAUCAGAUUGCCGACCUCGUCUCCAAGUUACAACAAAUUAUACCUCAUAAUAUCCACGCAACCCGUUCUGACAAGGUUUCAGCUUCAAGAGUGUUGCAGGAGACAUGCAAUUAUAUCAGAAGCUUACACAGAGAAGUGGAUGAUUUAAGCGAAAGACUUUCAGAGCUUUUGCAAUCUACGGACGCCAACAGUGCUGAAGCAGCCAUUAUUAGGAGCUUAUUUAUGUAACUAUAUUGUUAACAAAUUAAGCAGUUAAUGUAAGGCUUUUCUGUGUUAAUAAAUCAGCAUAAAUAUGUUUUCUUUA